AUGUCGGGGGAGGAGCAGAGUUUAUCUGAGUUAGAAAUGAGUCCGGGGGUCUCGGACGACGGUCACUCCUUGUCACCGGGUCACUCCUCUAGUGCCGCAGGCGGAGGAGACUCACCCCUGUCCGGUCCGCAGCCCCAGCUGACAGGGGUCCACGACGACGCCCUAUCCGAUGUAGCUGGUGGGAUUUCCAUCAAGUCCGACGAAGACGACGAUCGCUUUCCCAUUGGUAUCCGCGAGGCAGUGAGCCAGGUGCUGAACGGCUACGACUGGACACUCGUGCCUAUGCCUGUGCGCGUAAACUCCGGCAACAAAAGCAAGCCGCAUGUGAAAAGACCUAUGAACGCCUUCAUGGUGUGGGCACAGGCCGCACGGAGAAAACUGGCAGACCAGUAUCCCCCACCUCCACAACGCUGAGCUCAGCAAAACCCUCGGGAAACUAUGGAGGUAAGGGAAAGCGCACAUUACAGCAUUGGUCCGCUUUGAUAAACAACAAUAAACAUCCAGGGUUACACAAGUUCAAAUGCGUUUUUAGUCACAACAUUCAGGGUCAAAAGUUCAAAGCACACUUCAUGCUACAGUAGACUUGAAUUGUGGCCCCAUAAAACAUAAAAACAACCUAAAAAGUCAAGGCAAGUUCCCUUCUUUACAACAAUGAGUUUCUCAGUAAAAUUAGCUGAGAUAUGUUAAAAUCAUAUUAUACCAGCUCAGAAUAAAGCUUGUUAGAGAGUUGCCCCAGCAAGGAAUGUUGAUUAAAGCCCUACAACCUAAAAAUAUUUAAAUAAUUAUGUUGAUUAUGUAGCCUACAGAAAACCCAAAACAUUUAGUUACGUGUUUUUUUUUGUAUUCACAUUAUAGUGGUCAUAUGUGACUGGAUAUGCCCAAUUUCAUAACCCACUUAAUUAAUGGUGGUUUAGGAGGGAGAUUGCUGCAAUGGGAAUUACUGAGGUUUUUGUAAUCCCCUCAUCUAUAUGUUUUAAAGCACAGACCAUUAUGGCAGAUAUACACUUUUACAGACAUCUCAUUUGUGAUUGAGAGCACCAUAUUAAAGAGCCUACAAUGUAAAAAGCUAUCCAAGAUUUUACUGGUCAACGGGUUGAAUGACUCAAGUUCGGUUAGCCUUUAAAACACAUAUAUGGAGGACUGUUGCUAGGUCAGAUGAGUGCUUGCUGAUGGGAAGUUCCAGAGAGGCUAAUUCAUUAACAUUAUAAGGAGGCAACAUUAAUUAGAUAAAGACUUGACCUUGAGCCUGCGCAUGAUUGUAUAAUUGGCCAAGAAACAUGCUGAACUGGGAGUCUCAAAGGUCAGUGUUUUCUCAUGCCAGUCCCCCUGACUCCACCAUCAGUAAUAUGGAUUCCUGUUAUGUGCACAGGAUGCAUCUUUAGCCUGUGUCUUAAUUGCAUUACAGUCCAGCAGAAAAUCCCCUAGUGUGGGCAAGUUUUCUGAUGCAGCUGUGCAGAUGGUGGAUCCGAUGUAGAACGAUAUGAAAAUCAAGUGAAUAGUUCAGAGGCAAAACUGAUGGAAUAAAUAAUCUCCAUAGUAGAAAUAUUGUGCUAAACAAGGGGAAUAGCAACAAUGCCUAUGAGUUUGUUGCCACAACUCCAGUUAGACGUUUUUAAAAAGUAAAAUACUAGAAUACUUAGUAGAUUGAAUAUAAAUGGUGAUAUGUCCCAGUUGACACAGACUACCUGGUAAAUAACAUGGAAUUAUUCUUCAAUUGGAGUUGGCCGAGGUUAUUGACCUCUGGGAUGUUGAGGUGUCAAAGGAACCAGCACUGUCACUGUUAUCUUAACACACAUAUUAUGGUCAUCAUGUUAUCAAAAUACAUGCUGUAAAAUGUUCUCAGGCUACUCCAAUUUCCUAAUUCAAACAGAAUGGCUGACUGGCAUUAGAGGUUUACACAUGCAUCAAAUCAGCAGCACAAAACACCUCUACUUUAAGUUCCUUCUGGCUGAAAUUAAAAUGUUCUACCCUUGUUAUUAUUAUUUUUUAAAAAUCCCUGAUAGGCUCUUGAAUGAGAGUGAUAAGAAGCCUUUCAUCGAGGAGGCAGAGAGGCUGAGGAAGCAGCACAAGAAGGAUUACCCAGAGUACAAGUACCAGCCACGCCGCCGCAAGAACGGCAAACCCGGCUCGGGCUCUGAUGCUGACGGCCACUCGGAGGGUGAGGUCAGCCAUAGCCAAUCGCACUACAAGAGCCUCCACCUGGACGUGGCUGCCCAUGUCGGGGGGGCGGGGUCUCCUCUGGCUGAUGGACACCACCCACAUGCUGCAGGUGGGACCACAGGCUCUGACCAGCCCUACCGACGCAGUCUGUCACACACCCACACACUCCCAUUCUAAAUAAUAUACCACAAGCCAGGCUGACAAUAACUCUGACAUCUUUGCUUUGUGUUCUGUCUACCCAACAGGCCAGAGCCACAGCCCUCCUACACCACCCACCACCCCCAAGACGGAACUCCAGUCUGGGAAGUUGGGCGAUGGGAAGCGGGAGGGCAGUGGAGCAGGGGGCUCCCGUGGGGGAAUGGGGGUAGGAGCGGAGGGUGGCUCUGGAUCAGGGUCAGGCAAACCCCACAUUGAUUUCGGCAACGUGGACAUCGGUGAGAUCAGCCACGAGGUGAUGGCCAACAUGGAGCCCUUUGAUGUGAACGAGUUUGACCAGUACCUGCCCCCCAACGGGCACCCGGGGGUUGGACAGAGUGCUGGGUCAGCGGCAGCAGCAGGGUCCUCUCUCCCUAUGCCUACGGUAUCUCCUCUGCCCUGGCCGCGGCCAGUGGACACUCUGCAGCGUGGCUAUCCAAGCAGCACCAGCAGCAUCAUGCCUCCUCUCUGGGCUCCGACCACUCCAAGGCCCAGAUUAAGAGUGAGGCCGGCUCGGGUGGACACUUUGCCGAAGCAUCCUCAGGGGGUUCCCAUGUCACCUACACUCCCCUCAGCCUGCCCCACUACAGCUCUGCUUUCCCCUCGCUGGCCUCCAGGGCCCAGUUUGCAGAGUAUGCUGACCACCAGGCCUCGGGAUCCUACUACGCCCACUCCAGCCAGGCCUCAGGGCUGUACUCUGCCUUCUCCUACAUGGGGCCCUCGCAGAGGCCCCUGUACACAGCCAUCACUGACCCGUCCAGCGUGCCACAGUCACACAGCCCCACGCACUGGGAGCAGCCUGUCUACACCACCCUGUCGCGGCCCUGACAAAGACCGGGAGCAGAGGGCACUGGUGCAGAUUUGUCCCCAAUGGCAGACCCACAGAGCGGAGGAGACCUGGGUUGGGGGCAGUGGGGAGACGGAAUCCCCUUCUGGUCUGGCCCAGAUGCAGGAUGGCCAGUAG